UCCCACUUGUCAUCUAGUCUGUAUUGGGCUGGGCCUAAUACUGUUUAAGGUUUCUUGCAUAUAAAGUCAGAUAGAAAUCCAGGAUUAAGCGGAAGUCUAGGGCUUGAUUCGUCUUGAGCUCUGAAGCGGUUUAAUAAAAUCUACCAUGAAAAAUUUGGAUCAGCAGUCCUUGGAAGGACUAAUAUCAAUCACGUCCAGACAUGAAACACAAUCGUCAAACUCGGUAAGAGAAUACUCAUCAGACCCACAGAUCCCAGAUGAUCUGCUUAUAACUAUAUUCUCUCUUGUCCCGGCAGAGUCUAUAGCUAGGUUUCGAUGCGUAUCUAAAACAUGGGCAUCAAUACUUCGUCGUUCUGAUUUCACUGAGUUGUUUCUGACAAAGUCUUUGACUCGUCCGCGGCUCUUUGUCGCGGUAAAAUCUAAGGGCAAGUUGUUCUUCCACUCUUCGCCCCAGCCUCAUAAUCUAAACAAUAAUUAUUCUCUUGUAGCCACCUCUUAUCACCCUACGUUUGUUCCUGAUUAUUGUCCAACUUAUAUCUGUAAACCGGUUUUUGGAUUGGUCUUGCUUCAGAGAUGUGGAAUAGAAAAAAGGCCGAUGAUCUGUAACCCUGCCAAGGGAAAAGUCCGAAACUUACCCGAAGUGCCUAGAAAAGGAAUAAACACUCCCAAGGGAAUAUACUUAGGCUACGAUCCAAUCGGCAAACAGUUCAAAGUGUUGUGUUUGAGUAUGAACACCUCACUCUAUAAUACUCAUUGGAUUUUGACAUUGGAGUAUGGAGAGUGUUCGUGGAGAAGUCUCGAACCCGAAUUCAAUUUUAAGGAGAAAAGAAGUGGUGGAGUAGAUCGUGAUAUUAAUAUAUGCAUAAAUGGUGUCUUGUAUUUCGAGGGUUGUUUGGAAUGGUCUUUUGUGAUAGUUUGGUUUGAUGUUAGGUCAGAGAAGUUCGGUUUUAUUAACAAAAAUGAAGACAUGUUACCAAAGCCUUUUGCUUAUGAUUGUACUAGGCCUUCAACUUUGUUCAACUACAAAGAUAAACUAGGCAUACAUUGUCGGGUUGAACGAAACCUUGUGUUGUGGGUUCUAGAAGAUGCUGGAAAUCAUAAAUGGUACAAGCAUAGCUAUGUACUUCCUCCUAGGUGGUCCGCGGUACCUACGGAAUGUAUGUUUGUUGGAAUGACUAGUACAGGUGAAAUUGUCUACUCGUGGAACUCUUGUGUUUACUUCUACAAUUUGGAGAGGGACACUGUCAAAAGAGUCAAUAUUCACGGUCUGGAAGGGAUUGAGCAUCCUACAUUUAUCAACACCUUUGUAGACUAUGCGGAGAAUAUGAAUUUUAUGUAACUGUGUUCGAAAGGCUUUCAUGUAUUAUU